CUCUUUACUUCUUCAUCAAACUUGUCAAAACAAGUGGACCCACUCCUAGAAGCAGACGAAUGCAGUUCCGUGUUUCAACCAAACUUGUACUUGCUUGUUAAAGUACUUAAAUAAUCUAUCACAAGGGGUUCACCGUUCGUAUUUGUUCUUGCUUGCUAAAGUUUUUUUGCUCUGUACGGUGACAAGACCAGAGAGAUGAAGUUAUUGAGCAAUAGUCUAAUGUUCCUUCCUCUGCUGGCUUUGGCUUUAACCGCAGUUUCGUCGCUUAAAUACAGCAGAAAUGACUUCCCUCCAGGCUUUGUCUUUGGCUCUGGCACAUCAGCUUAUCAGGUGGAAGGAGCUGCUGACGAAGAUGGGAGAACUCCUAGCAUUUGGGAUGUUUUUGCUCAUGCCGGACACUCCGGAGUAGCAGCUGGAAAUGUUGCAUGUGACCAGUAUCACAAAUACAAGGAAGAUGUGAAGCUCAUGGCAGACAUGGGAUUGGAGGCUUACAGAUUCUCUAUAUCCUGGUCAAGGCUUUUACCAAGUGGAAGAGGACCAAUCAAUCCCAAGGGGCUACAAUACUACAACAAUCUUAUUGAUGAAUUGAUCACUCAUGGAAUCCAGCCACAUGUUACAUUGCACCACUUUGAUCUCCCACAGGCCUUAGAAGAUGAGUAUGGAGGUUGGCUCAGCCAAGAAAUCGUGAGAGACUUCACAGCUUAUGCAGAUACUUGCUUCAAGGAGUUUGGAGAUAGAGUGUCACAUUGGACUACUAUAAACGAGGUCAAUGUGUUUGCCCUUGGAGGGUAUGACCAGGGAAUAACACCGCCUGCUCGAUGCUCUCCUCCAUUUGGACUUAAUUGUACCAAAGGAAACUCUUCCAUUGAGCCUUACAUUGCCGUACACAACAUGUUGCUCGCACACGCUUCUGCAACAAUCUUAUACAAGCAACAGUACAAGGUUCUUCUCUCUGCCUCUCUCCCAUCUUCCAUAUGCAUUGCAUUUUGUUAUGUCCUCUUCAUUACACAGUACAAGCAACAUGGAUCAGUAGGCAUUAGCGUAUACACAUAUGGAGCUGUCCCUUUAACUAACUCUGUGAAGGAUAAGCAGGCAACAGCUAGAGUGAAUGACUUCUAUAUUGGUUGGAUUUUACAUCCGUUGGUGUUUGGUGAUUAUCCUGAGACGAUGAAGACCAAUGUUGGGUCUAGAUUGCCAGCUUUUACAGAGGAGGAGUCAGAACAAGUUAAAGGCGCAUUUGAUUUCGUUGGAGUGAUAAAUUACAUGGCGCUUUAUGUCAAAGACAACUCUUCCUCUCUGAAACCUAAUCUCCAGGAUUUCAACACAGAUAUAGCCGUGGAAAUGACCUUGGUUGGAAACACAUCAAUCGAGAAUGAGUAUGCAAAUACACCAUGGAGUCUGCAACAGAUACUUUUGUAUGUCAAAGAAACUUAUGGAAACCCUCCUGUCUAUAUCCUAGAGAAUGGUCUCUCUUUAUCUCUCUCUGCCUCUCUCAGACUUUAGUUUGCUUCUUCAUGUGUCUUAAACUCUCUCUCUCUGUCGGGUGAUUGAUUCUUCAUUUACAGGACAAAUGACUCCUCACAGCUCAUCACUUGUGGACACAACAAGGGUGAAGUAUCUGAGCUCGUACAUUAAAGCAGUGCUUCAUUCACUCAGGAAAGGAUCGGACGUAAAAGGGUAUUUUCAGUGGUCGUUGAUGGAUGUGUUUGAGCUAUUUGGUGGGUACGAGAGGAGCUUUGGAUUAUUGUACGUGGACUUCAAGGAUCCUUCUCUUAAGAGGAGCCCUAAACUCUCUGCUCACUGGUACUCUUCCUUCCUCAAGGGAACACUGCACCAUCCAUCAUAUGCUUCGUCUUGAUCAUUUGAUUUCAAUGGUUAUAAUGCUUAGUUGUCGGAAAUGCAAACCAUUACUAUGUUUUAUUUUUGCUAAAUAAAAUCAUUACUAUGUUUUUUUCUUUAUCAUCUUUACAAUAAAUCAAGAUAUAAACAUUGUAUGUUAGAAAAAGCCAAAUAGGUAUUAGUCUGUUAUUACAAUUUCUCUUUGAUAGAUAAAGGUGAUUAUGUAUUCUUCAAAACUAUGUUUAUCUUAUGGAUUAGCAUAAGAGCUGGAUAUAGCGUGUUUGACCUAUAUAUAUAAUAUUGCGUAUAAAGCAAGACAUACGCUUUCGUAUAAAAAGCCGUACUUAAUACCUA